CGUGACUCCUCCGCCUGCAGCCCGGCAGAGCCGGAGCCAGAGAGCCAGAGAGCCAGAGAGCCAGAGAGCCAGAGCCCGGCCCCUGCUCCGAGUUAAAGGCCUGCGACUCCUCCGAGCAGCGAGCGGCUAACCCGGGCCAGCCUCCCGUUCACCCCCGGCUCCCUCAUCGGCGUCCAGGCCCUCGCGGAGCUCCUGCCCUCCGCGUCCGGUUCGCUCGAGGAGCCGUCACGUCGCUUUCGGCAUGCCUCUCCACAGCAUUUGGCCACCGCACAGGAUAUUUUCUCUGGUCUGAGGCAAAGGCAGCGCCAUGGGCAAUGAGGACAGCUUCGAAGAUGUGUUUGUUGCUGUCGUUCGUCCGAAGAGUCAAGUCAGCCUGAGCUCGAAGGAAUACAGGGCCAAAGCCUAUGAGAUCCUGUUGAAAGAAGUGCCUUUGGAGGGGAAGGAGAAGAAGAGGAAGAAAAUCCUUCUGGCUACGACCAUCAAAGCAGGAGGAGAUAAAUCCAAAUCCAUAUUGGAUUAUGUAGAUGACAUAAUCAGACCGAUCUCAAAUAACCAAAGCUUCAUAGGGAAGCGCGUGGUGCACAUGAAGAAAUUUCCACUUGAAGGGGACAAUGAAGGGAAAGAAGCCUCGCUAUUUGUUGUGCCUGUCAGUGUCAAAGACAACAGCAAGCCUGUUCACAGCCCAGGGAUGCCCAGUUUUUACUGCUUCCAGGACAUCAUGCGGGUCUGCAGUGAGACCAGCGCUCACUUCUGCCCCAUUACCUCCAAGAUGCUCCUGGCUUUAGAUAAGUGGUUGGCAGAGCAGCACACUGUGCCGCACGCCAUCCCCGCCCUGUUCAGGCCGGCGCCCAUGGAGCGGGUCAAGACCAACGUCAGCAACCCGGCGUACGGCGGCGAGGGCAAACUGAGCGACGAGGGGCUGCACAUGGGCUACACCGCUCUGGAGAUCAAGAGCAAGAUGAUGUCCCUGGAGAAGGCCGACAUGUGCAUCCUGAACCCGCUGUACGGCUCUGACCUGCAGUAUACCAACCGGGUGGACAAGGUAAUCAUCAACCCCUACUUUGGGCUUGGAGCUCCAGACUACUCCAAGAUCCAGAUCCCCAAAAGGGAGAAAUGGCAACAUGGGCCCAACUGUAUGGCAGAAGACAAGGAGCAUCAGUGGGUGGAUGACUUCCCCCUCCACCGCAGUGCCUGUGAAGGAGACACAGAGCUGCUGUCGAAGCUCCUGGACAGCGGCUUCUCGGUCAAACAGCUGGACAGCGAUCACUGGGCUCCCAUACACUAUGCCUGCUGGCAUGGUAAAGUGGAGGCGACCAAGCUGCUGCUUGAGAAAGGUAACUGUAAUCCAAACCUGCUGAACGGCCAGCUCAGCUCACCGCUGCACUUUGCAGCUCGAGGAGGCCACGCAGACAUCGUGCAACUCCUGCUGCAGCACCCAGAGAUCGACAGGCACAUAGAGGACCAGCAGAAAAGAUCUCCUUUACAAGUGUGUGAGGAGAACAAACAGAACGAAUGGGAGGAAGCCAUGAAACUGUUGCAGCAGGCCACCAGCAAACCGUACGAGAAGGUGCGUAUCUACCGGAUGGAUGGGUCUUAUCGCUCCGUGGAGCUAAAACACGGCAACAACACGACCGUGCAGCAGAUCAUGGAGGGCAUGCGUCUUUCUCAGGACACCCAGCAGUACUUCACCAUCUGGAUCUGCUCAGAGAAUCUCCACCUGCAGCUGAAGCCGUACCACAAGCCGCUGCAGCAUCUGCGGAUCUGGACGGAAAUUGUGACGGACCUGACGGUGCUGGAUCCUCAGAGAGAGUCGCCUCAGCUCUUCCUUCGCAGGGAUGUCCGGCUGCCUCUCGAGGUUGAGAAAAAGGUGGAGGAUCCGCUCGCCAUCCUCAUCCUCUUCGAUGAAGCCCGUCACUGCCUCCUGAAGGGCUUCUUCCCUGCUCCAGACAGCAAGCUGAUCACAUUGGCCAGCCUCCUCCUGCAGAUCAUCUAUGGCAACUAUGAGAGCAAGAAGCACAAGCAAGGGUUCCUCAAUGAGGAAAACCUGAAGUCAAUUGUGCCAAUAUCCAAGGUGAAGAGCAAAGCGUACCACUGGACCAACAGAAUUCUUCACGAGUACAAAGCCCUCAGCACCAGUGAGGGGGUGAGCAAAGAGAUGCACCACCUGCAGCGCCUCUUCCUGCAGAACUGCUGGGACAUCCCCACCUACGGGGCAGCUUUCUUCACGGGGCAGGUUUACACCAAGGCCAGCGCCAGCAACCACAAGGUCAUCCGAGUGUACGUGGGGGUCAACACGAAGGGGCUGCACCUCAUGAACAUGGAGACCAAGGUCCUCCUCAUUAGUUUAGAGUAUGGCACAUUCAUGUGGCAGCUGGGACAUGCUGACCAAUACUUCCAGAUACACAGCGGAGACAACAAGAUGAACUUCAUUGUGCACACAAAACAGGCUGGCCUUAUUGUGAAGCUUCUAAUGAAACUGAGUGGACAGAUGACUCCAAAUGAUAAGGGCAUAACAGACAAGUACGCUUAUGGCUGAAAGCUGGUGGAGAAACCACAGCUGCCAAAGAUCCCACUGCAGGUUUUUUUUUUUUUUUCAUACUGACCAUCGUGUGACUGCAAUUACUCUGGACGGAGAGUCGGCCUCCCGUCACGGACAUCAUUUUACAUAACAAACAGGCUUUGCAUUGUGUCUUUUGAUGAGUCUUAUAUUUUGGUUCUAUGUAAAUACAUUUAUUAUUUAAUGUUUGUUUUAAUAAACUGAUUGAUGAAUGAA